ACGUGAUGAGGUCAAGGCAGCACGUACAGCGUGAGUGCGUCACCACCGCCGGUUGGAUCGAGAGCCCGGGGCCCGGGGACUGACCGAAGGAGAGGCCCCGCGGCGGAGGCUCGGGCCCGGGGGACUGACCGAAGGAGAGGCCCCGCGGCGGAGGCUCGGGCCCGGGGGACUGACCGAAGGAGAGGCCCCGCGGCGGAGGCUCGGGCCCGGGGGACUGACCGAAGGAGAGGCCCCGCGGCGGAGGCUCGGGCCCGGGGGACUGACCGAAGGAGAGGCCCCGCGGCGGCGGCGGGGAGUCCGCGCUGUGGGAGUGAGUGUGGGUGUGAGCGGGAGCGGGGGCAGGCCCCAGGCCCCGGGCCCCAGGCCCCGCCAUGCUGAAGUGUAUCCCGCUGUGGCGGUGUAACCGACAUAUCGAGUCGGUGGACCGCAGGCACUGCUCCCUGAGCGGGGUCCCCGAGGAGAUCUACCGCUACAGCCGCAGCCUGGAGGAACUACUGCUGGACUCGAACCAGCUGCGGGAGCUGCCCAAGCCAUUUUUCAGGUUGUUAAACCUGCGCAAGCUGGGACUCAGUGAUAAUGAGAUCCAGAGGCUGCCUCCAGAGGUUGCUAACUUCAUGCAACUUGUUGAGCUCGACAUCUCUCGCAAUGAUAUCCCUGAGAUUCCUGAAAGUAUUAAAUUCUGCAAGUCUCUAGAAAUAGCUGAUUUCAGUGGGAACCCCCUUUCCAGGUUACCUGAUGGGUUCACCCAGCUCCGAAUCCUCGCACACCUCUCCCUCAAUGACGUCUCCCUACAGUCUCUGCCAAAUGACAUUGGGAACUUAGCCAACCUGGUGACACUGGAACUUCGCGAGAACCUGUUGAAGACACUGCCAACGUCCCUAUCUUUCCUGGUGAAGUUGGAAGAGUUAGACCUUGGUAGCAAUGAACUGGAAGUGCUGCCAGACACUCUUGGAGCUCUGCCAAAUUUACGUGAACUCUGGUUAGACAGGAACCAACUUACUGCGCUUCCCCCGGAGCUGGGAAACCUGAAACGCCUGGUGUGCCUCGAUGUUUCUGAAAACAAACUUGAGACGCUCCCCAAUGAGAUCAGUGGACUGGUGGCAUUGACUGACCUUCUCCUCUCCCAGAAUCCUCUGGAAUCCAUACCUGAUGGCAUUGGCCAGUUGAAGCAGUUGUCAAUUCUGAAGGUGGAUCAGAACCGGUUAACGGAGCUAACAGAGGCGGUGGGUGAAUGUAGCCAUCUGACAGAGCUCAUCCUGACAGAGAACCUGCUGACGACGCUCCCGAGAUCCAUUGGGAAACUGAAGAAACUGACCAACCUGAAUGUGGAUCGGAACCGCCUCCUGGAUUUACCAGCUGAACUGGGAGGUUGUGUGAGUUUAAACGUGCUGAGUCUCCGUGACAACCGGCUAACCCAUCUCCCACCUGAGCUGGCAAACGCUUCAGAGAUACACGUGCUGGAUGUGGCUGGGAACAGGCUAAUGAAUCUACCUUUUGCACUGACGAACCUCAAUCUGAAGGCCCUGUGGUUAGCUGAGAAUCAAUCUCAGCCGAUGCUCAAGUUCCAAACAGAGGAUGAUGAGAAAACUGGUGAGAAGGUCCUGACCUGCUACCUCCUGCCCCAGCAGCCGUCCCCCAGUCUGGAGAAUCUCUUGAAUGACAGCCUGGAUGAGGGGUGGACAGAGCCGAAUCUGAACCGGGUCAGUGUGAUCCAGUUCCAGGAGGAGCUGAAGGAUGAUGAGGAGAACGAGGAGGAGGCAGAGAGACGGGGUCGGUUACAACGCAGGGCGACCCCACACCCCAGUGAGUUGAAGGUGAUGAAACAGGCGAUUGAAGAAAGGAGGGGAGAAGCCCUGACUAUGAAGGCCCAGGAUCAACCUCCUUCACCUGAGUCACCCCAACCAUCGGAGAAGAGGCUGAGUACGACAUCAAACCAGAGCCAGGAGUCACAUCUGUCCAAUGGUGCAAUCCCCCUGGAACAGGAAGAAGCUGAAUUGAUGGAUGGACCAGCAGAGGAAGAAAUGGCAGUGGAGCAGAGCAGUGAGAUGAUGGAGGAGAAUGAGGAGCAAGAGGAAGAAGAGGAUGAAGAUGGAUACUUUGAGCCUAUGGUGCGUUUCACCGAAGACACUGUGAUUCGGGAAGAGGAGGAGGAAGGAACUGGUGAAGGCGAUUACAUUCCUGAGAAGCAAAGACUGAUUCGCAAAGACACCCCUCACUACAAGAAGCAGUUUAAGAUUAAUAAGCUACCUAAACCUGAGACAGUGCUGGCCAUGCUGCAGGGCCUGCCCAGCACUGAUCUCCCAGAUGAAGGUGACCAACUCACUAAGUCCAGCCCGUACAUGGAUGGGGACAUGGGCCCACUGGAGGAUUGCCUGGAGUUUAGAGAUGAAAGGCUUUCCCAGCCUCCUAUUAAGGGGGUCUCCUUUGAUCAAGUCAAUAAUCUGCUGAUCGAGCCUGCUCGAAUUGAGGAGGAAGAGCUAACACUAACAAUCCACCGUCAAACUGGUGGCCUGGGCAUCAGUAUCGCUGGAGGAAAAGGCUCCACCCCAUACAAGGGCGACGAUGAGGGCAUCUUCAUAUCCCGGGUUUCCGAGGAAGGGCCCGCAGCUCAGGCUGGAGUACGGGUUGGAGAUAAGCUGCUGCAGGUAAACGGUGUGGAGCUGCAUGAUGCAGAGCACCACCGAGCAGUGGAGGCACUGCGAAGCUCAGGGAGUUCAGUCACCAUGUCAAUACUACGGGAGAGGAUGGUGGAACCAGAGAAUGCCAUCACCGUGACCCCACUGCGCCCUGAGGAUGACUACGCCCCAAGGGACCGCCGCACAGGCCUGAGGUUCCCCGAGCCUCCUGAAAAUGGCCAUGUUCGGCUGCAGUUUACUACCUCACUGGCACGCAACGAGAAAGGCCUGGGCUUCAGCAUCGCUGGGGGCAAGGGAUCAACACCAUACAAAGCAGGAGACCCAGCGAUCUUUAUCUCGCGGUUAGCUGAUGGAGGAUCUGCGCACAGGGAUGGGAUCCUGCGAGUUGGAGAUCGGGUUAUCUCGAUCAAUGGGGUAGAGAUGGCAGAUGCCAGGCAUGAUCAGGCAGUAGCACUUCUUACGGGCACAGCACCCACCAUCACCAUGGUAGUCGAACGUGAGAUGUCAGGAUUAGUGAAAUCUGCAGAUGACGUGCUGACAGGAGAUGGCUCCCCGUCUCUGCAUCGAGCGAGGCCAUACUCUCCGCCUCCUGCUGGCCAGUCGCUGCAUGACGAUUACCGUGACCCCACGAUCGAGGAAACUGUCACCCGGUCUAACCAGCCGGCUGUCAACCUGCCCACCCCUGAGGAUUACCCUGUGGAGGAGAUUGUUCUGUUGAAGACAGGAGGCCCCCUGGGGCUCAGCAUUGUUGGAGGGAGUGACCAUGCCAGCCACCCGUUUGGUAUCCACGAGCCUGGUGUCUUCAUCUCCAAGGUUAUCGCCGAUGGCCUGGCAGCUCGAAAUGGCCUCCGGGUCGGUGACCGUAUUCUGGAAGUGAACGGUAUUGAUCUUCGCCACGCCACCCAUCAGGAGGCAGUGAUGGCUCUGCUAUCGAACCAACAGGAGAUCCGGCUGCUGGUACGCAGGGAUCCAGCUCCACCUGGGAUGCAGGAGAUCCAGAUUGAGAAGCUGCCUGGAGAGAAGUUGGGCAUCAGUAUCCGAGGAGGAGCCAAAGGCCAUGCCGGAAAUCCUUUUGAUUCGACAGAUGAGGGAAUCUUUAUCUCCAAGGUGAGUUCUAGUGGAGCAGCAGCUCGUGAUGGAAGGCUGCACGUGGGACUGAGGAUACUCGAGGUUAAUAACCACAGCCUGCUGGGAAUGACCCACACUGAAGCAGUACGCAUUCUGCGAGGAAUCGGAGACACCUUAACGAUACUGGUCUGUGAUGGCUUCGACCCUCGGGCAGCCCCUGCCAUAACCGCGGAGGCAUCUCCAGGGAUCAUUGUUAACCCUUUUGCUGCUGGAAUGGGCAGAAAGAACAGUAUGGAGAGCAUCUCAUCCAUUGACCGUGACAUGAGCCCUGAAGAACUGGAUAUUUUGCAGAAGGAAAUUGAGAUGGUCCGUGAGUCGUCAUUAUGGGAACAAGAGCAACUGCAGAAAGUGGAGAGAAUGCGAAGGGAGCAAGAAGAGGCGACACAGAGAUUGGAGCGAGAAACUGAGAGUUUCAGCACAGAGCCACUGAAAAUGGAUUACAGGACCUUGGCGGCACUCCCCAGCAGUGCCAUACAGAGGGUUAAUCGGGGGUUUACUGGACUGGCAGCGAUGGAGAUUCAGUGCAAUCAGCCAGUGGAGCAGGAAGUGGUCUCCUGUUGGAGACCGGGAACUGCCAGCGACCUGGGGCCUCUCAGUAAUAAGCAGCAUGUUACAGAAUCCAACCACGGGCACCUAGUGAUGGAAAAGAGCAGUGGGUGUAGGCUGCUGCCAGAAACCAGCAAGCAGGUGCCCAGCAGCCAGGAGCAGGAGGUUUUGGUUGACCUGCAGCCCAUUCCCUUCCACCAAAAUCCGUUUGUGGUGGCAAACAGGAAGGGCCGAGGGGACGCCGGGGAGUGCCCAGCAGGAGGAGCAUCUCCACGGGGCACGAGGGGCAACACCCGCCCCAGUAUCCAGACCAAGCCCGGGGUUAUCCACCCACUGCCCCGGGGGAGGCCGACAGUGGCUCCAACAUCGGCAGAUGGCAGGAACAGUCCGAACCCGUUCCACAGGCCAGAGGAGCUGCCACUACCACUGAAGGCGGAUUUCUUCACACAGAGAAUUAAACCCAAAUGGUCAGGCGAGGUACCAUCGGGCAGCCCGCUGGAGAGCCCCGAGCAGCGGACAUUCCGGGCCAGACAAAAAUACUUUGAAAUAGAUGUGAGACAGCAGGUAGCAGAGAGACCCAAGCGGGUGUCGCUGGUGGCAGAGGAUGAUCUGAGGAAGAUGAAGGAAGAGGAAGAGCGGAAGAUGCGGCACCGAGCUCCGGAUGUGGUGCUGGAUGAGGAGGAGGAGGAGGAGGGUGAAGAGAAGCGACUCUCCAGUGGGCAGGCCAGCGUGAGGAUCGAAGGUGUCGAGUACAAGAUGGAGCAGUUGCACAGAAGGAAUCCGGAAUCGCCAAGCACUGGAGCGUUACAGGUUGAUGGUCGGGGAGAGCAGCGAUCGAGUGAAGAAACGCGUCCCAACUCCAUGACUGGACUGUCCCCAGCGUACCCUGAGCCCGUGGCACCCAUCCGCACGGCCAAGGCAGAGAGACGCUAUCAGGAGAGGAUGCGGAUGCAGAGCCCAGACCUGCCUGGGGCACGGGAUAAGGAGCUGUCUCCCGCUGAGCGGAGAGCACUCGAGGCUGAGAAACGAGCCAUGUGGAGGGCUGCAAGGCACCAAGCCCUGGAGGAUGAUCUCCGGCAGUACGAGCAGGAGCGGGCUCACCGUCUUUACCGGUCCCUGCAGCGGGCAGCUGACGGACUGAGCCUCGGUCAGGGCUCCCGUCUGAAACCACUUCCACUGGUCAGGCAAGAGCCCCUGUCCACUGCCAUCAGGAUGAAGUCCCUCGAGCAGGAUGCACUCAGAGCACAGAUGGUCAUCGCCAAAUCAAAGGAGCCGAAGAAACGCAGCCCACUCGACCAACUCUCCGAGUCCCCCUCUCCCGCUGCCACCCCCCCCCCCCCACCCCGCUGGAUGGUACAUCACAGCCCUCGCAGCGUCACAUCACCUGGGAGGCUGUCCUGGUCAGAAAAGAAGUUUGAUUACCGACAGUUUGCAGCUAUCCCAUCUUCUAAACCAGUUUACGAUAUCCAGUCCCCAGACUUCAUGGAUGACCUCAUGUACGUGGAUGAUGGCAGCACUUCAGUCGCCCGGCCUGGUGAGGACAGCGAGGAGAUGGGGGAUAACUGCCGGUUACCAGCGCUGGACACACUGGGCAGUGCCACCAUCUACAGCCACAAACAUUCAUUACAGCAAAGUGCUGAGAGCAUUGUGCCAACGUGAGAUCAACCCUGGCAAAAGGACACUUCACCCUCCCAGCACCAAGUGCCCUCGCUCACACUUCAUAUCUUACAGACUCUGUGUUCUUUUCUGUUUU